CAUAUUUAACUGACCUUCUAUUGUAUUACGUAUUCUUAACAUCCUCUUAUUUAAAAUCAUAUCCUCCAUAAAUUAGUAUGGAGUAAAAAAGGCAAGUAUUUUAUGGUCAUCCCAUAGAGGACAAAAUACACCUCUUUAGAUGAUUAGAUCUAAAACUUUAUGCUUACCAUAAUUAACGCUACCGACAAUAUAUACAUAUAUUAGUAAAAGACUAAAGAGUAGUUUAGAUUGUGGGGGCAUCAAUUUAUAUUUAGUUAAAUAUUUAUUGUUUUUGACAAUUGUAGGUGCUUCAACGACUCUUUAGUAUAUCUAGAGAGAGAAAGUAGAGAGAGAGGGGGAAGGAAUUUUGAUUUUUGUGAUUGAUUUGAGCUGAAAAAAUGGCUUCGAAGUUGUUAAUGGUAACUAUUUUUGUAUUGGAUCUGAUUGCUUUUGGUUUGGCUAUUGCUGCUGAGAGGAGAAGAAGUAGUGCAACAAUCAAAGACGAUAAGGAAGGCAACUUUAACUACUGCGUCUAUGACUCGGACAUAGCAACUGGCUUCGGUGCUGGUGCCUUCUUAUUUCUCUUGCUUAGUCAAAUAAUUUUAAUGGUGGCUAGCCGUUGCUUCUGUUGUGGUAAGGCUUUGAGCCCGGGAGGUUCAAGGGCUUGUGCUGUCAUAUUGUUCAUCAUAUGUUGGCUUUCAUUUUUCAUAGCUGAGGUCUGCUUGUUGGCUGGUUCGGUUAGAAAUGCUUAUCACACCAAGUAUCGAUCAUCGAUCUUGAGAGGCGAUGAGCCUCUAUCAUGUGAAACGCUGAGAAAAGGAGUUUUUGCAGCUGGAGCAGCUUUCAUUUUCUUCACCAGCAUAAUCUCCCAGUUCUACUAUGUGUCCUAUGCCAAGGCGCGGGGUGGCCCCAUGCCCUAUGGUGGCGAAGCUGGGGUUGGCAUGGCAGCCUACAAAUGAGGGUGAUCAAUGUUGAUUCAAUAGUUGUUAUUUUGAAGUUUAUGUAUAAUACAACUUUCUAUUGUUUAGUUGCAUUUAAUUUAUUGUUGUCGUAGUCUUGUUGGAGAAAGUUCAUUGUACCGUAUACCUUUCUGCUGCAUAAUAUUUUUGUUCUAUGUUACAAGUAAUGUGAACUUUUGCCUGCAAA